AUGCAGCUUCCCAGAUGGUUGCUUGGGGCGUGUCUGUGGUUGCUAUGCAUUACGGAGGUUUGGACGACGACCUUUAAGCUGGCUCUGAUUGGUCCGUGGUCAUGUGACCCCAUUUUCUCCCGGGCGAUGCCAACAGCGGCGGUCAACCUGGCGUUGUCACGGUUACGAACUGACAGUGGUCUGAGCAGAGGAUACUGGUACGACGUCAAACUGCUGAACGAGGACUGCUCUGCCUCCAAAGCUCUGACAGAACUCCAGGACAUGGAGGGUUACGGCAACGCCUACAUCGGACUCUUUAACCCCGUCCUCUGUCACGCUGCCUCCUUAUUGGUUCAGCACUGGGAGGCAGGGCUUGCCUCUCCAGGCUGCCUGGAUGCCGAUUGGCCGAACCUGCCGCCCGUCACUCCACCCAGCAGAGUCCUGUUUACUGUCCUCAGGUACUUCCGCUGGGCGCACGUCGCCGUCAUCUCAGCUCCGUCCGACCUUUGGGAAAGCACCGGACAGGAAGUCGCCUCGGCGCUCAGAUCUCUCGGCCUGCCGAUCAAUCCGGUGGUUACCAUGGAGAGGAAGAACAAGGGCGGACCUCGGAAGGCGCUCAGAGCCAUCAGAGAGGCCGACAAGGUCAAAGUGGUGAUCAUGUGCAUGAGCUCAGUCUUGAUUGGUGGAGAGGAUCAGAGAGAGCUCCUAUUGGCUGCUCUGGACAUGGGGAUGGUUUCCGACGGUUACGUGUUUAUCCCGUACGACGCCCUGCUGUAUGCCAUGCCGUACCAGGACACAGUAUUCCCUCAGCUGACUAACAGCACGCAGCUUCGUCACGCCUACAGCGCCGUUCUGACCGUUACCAUGGCGUCCGACCAGAGUUUCUACGAAGCUUUCCGUCAGGCUCAGAUCAACCGAGAGAUCCGGUCUGCUGUGGCCGCUACUGAGGUGUCUCCGGUCUUUGGGACCAUCUUUAACAUGGUGUACUUCGUUGCUAAGGCAGUGGAGGAGCGUCGUAAGGCAGGGGGUGGGCACUGGGUGAAGGGUGAUCAACUCGUCCAAUCAGACGGAGGCUUUGAUUUCCAGGGCUUUAAUCAGAUGUUGUAUGGAGGUAAGGAAGGGAGUGGCCUGCAGGCCAGGUACGUGGUGUUGGACAGCGACGGUGACCGAUUCAUGCCGACACACUCGCUUGCUCCCACCCACACCGACCCGACGAUCGGAGGUCUGAGGCCGCUGAGUCACUCCUUCAACUUCCCCGGAGGAAAACCCCCCACCGCUAGCUUCUGUUGGUUCAGUCCAGAGGACGCCUGCAGAGGGGGUCUGGACCCGGUGACAGUGGUCCUGGUCUUCCUGUUGUUCUGCGCUGUGAUUGGAGCGUUGUGCUACUGGACCAGGAAGUACAAGGGCAGAGCGGUGAACACCAGUAAACUCAUCCUGACUCUGGACGACAUCGUCUUCAUCGAUACUCAAGUCAGCAGGAAGAAAUUGAACGAUGAGUCGAUCAUGAGGAGUCUUCUGGAAAUGAAAACUCCGUUGCCCUCGAUACCCCGAAGUUACAUCCUGACAACACCUGAGAGCUCCAAUAUAGGAAUACUGGAGGGCGACUGGGUUUGGCUGAAAAAGAUUCCUAUUGGAAAGACUAUAACAAUCAAUCAAAACACCCAGAGUCUGUUCAGCCAGUUGAGAGAAAUGCGACACGAGAACCUGAACCUGUACGUGGGUCUGUUUGUGGACUCUGGGAUCUUUGCUCUGGUGGUUGAACACUGUCCUCGAGGAAGCCUGGCCGACCUGCUGGCCGACAACAACGUGAGGCUGGACUGGAUGUUCAAGUCCUCGCUGCUCAUGGACCUCAUUAAGGGGAUGAAGUAUCUUCAUCUGCGAGGUUUGAGUCAUGGCCGGCUGAAGUCCACAAACUGUUUAGUCGAUGGACGCUUUGUUCUGAAAGUCACCGACUAUGGACUUCCUAUGAUCCUUCACUCUCAGAGCAUCAGCCUUCCUGAGGACCCACAAGAGCUGCUGUGGACAGCUCCGGAGCUCUUGAGGAAUCCUGUCCGAGGAGGCUCAUUUGCUGGAGACGUCUUCAGUUUCUCCAUAAUCAUACAGGAAGUGAUCUCACGAACACUGCCCUACGCCAUGAUGGACAUGCCCGCCCACGAGAUAGUGGAGCGUCUGAAGCAGCCUCCUCCUCUGUGCAGACCUCUUGUUUCGGUGGAUGAAGCUCCUACAGAGUGUCUCAGCCUGAUGAACGAUUGUUGGAAUGAAGAUCCGAGUAAGAGGCCAAACUUCGAUGAAAUCUUCAAACAGUUUCGGGGCAUUAACAGAGGGAAGAAGGCCAACAUCAUCGACUCCAUGUUGAGGAUGUUGGAGCAGUAUAGUUCAAACCUGGAGGAUCUGAUCCGAGAGCGAACAGACGAACUGGAGAUUGAGAGAAACAAGACAGAUAAGCUGGUGGGACAGCUCCUGCCAAAAUCCGUGGCUCAGUCUCUGAAGAAGGGGAAGCCGGUCCGACCUGAACACUAUUCAGACUGCACCCUUUACUUCAGUGACAUCGUUGGGUUUACCACCAUCUCAGCUCUCAGUGAACCCAUCGAGGUGGUCGACCUGCUGAAUGACCUCUACACCAUGUUUGAUGCUAUCAUUGCUACUCAUGACGUCUACAAGGUAGAAACUAUCGGAGACGCCUACAUGGUGGCUUCAGGUGUCCCCAACAGAAACGGAAAUCGACACGCAGCUGAAGUGGCCAACAUGUCUCUGGACAUCCUGCACUCCAUAGCAGCUUUUAAGAUCAAACACAUGCCCGAGAUUAAAGUCAAAAUACGCAUCGGACUGCAUUCAGGGCCGGUGGUAGCAGGCGUGGUUGGCCUCACCAUGCCCAGGUAUUGUCUGUUUGGAGACACGGUGACCACCGCCUCGCACAUGGAGGCCAGCGGACUGCCCUACAGGAUCCACAUCAGUCUGAGUACAGUGAAGGUCCUGACCAGUCUCAAACUGGGAUACCACAUAGACACCAGAAAGGCACAGGUGAAGGGAACAGUGGACACGUACUGGCUGAUGGGUCGAGAUGGUUUUGAUAAACCCCUUCCUAUUCCCCCAGACGUCACUGGAGGGGCCAGUAACCAUGGCAUCAGCCUGGAUGAGAUUCCAGUUGCACGAAGACAAAAGUUUCUGGACCGACAGAAGAAUAUAAAGAAAUGAUGCCAACACACAUGUGACCGUCACAAUCAUACAUGUACACAUAUUUCUCAAAGCAACGUUAUGAAAGAUGUGGUUUUGUGUGUGAUUUUCAUAUUUUGUGAACAAAAACUAGCAAAUCACAAACUUUGCAGCAUCAAGCAGGUGCAACAAGACAAGAAACAGAUAUUACAGACAAGUCCAACAGGAAGAAGGCCAGCUCGCUGUCUGUCUCACAGCCUUUUAUUUCACAAAGCUCUCACCAACGUCUGUCAGCCUCUUGCCUGGUCACUUUUCCUAGCUCCAUGUGACAACGAGUUCUUCUAUCUCUUCUCAGAUUCUGCCAUGAUAUCCAUACAUACCACAAAUUUAACAGUGUAUACUUGUUGCUUCCUCUGAUAGCUCGCUAAAGAUUCAUGUUGGUGCCGUAAAGCAUCACGCCAUUUUCACGAUGAAUGACCGGCCUGGAUUUCAGUGUUACAAUAAUAGCACAGGGCCCAGAGUGGCACUGGCAGAUAUUUCAAGUCAGUUUAGCAUCCAAAGGGUUCUGAAGUUGUCAUCUUAAUACAAUGACUUCAUAAUGUUGCUUGAACAAACAGAAACAUGAAUAAACGCACAGACACACAUUCCCAUAUAUAUAUAUGUAUUAACACACACUACCUCGAGGACUGGACUCUGGUUUAAAAUCAGCUGAUGAGACAUUUUCAGCCAAAACUCAUGAAAACUAAAGCGACUUCUGAAAAGACAGUGACUUUCUGUUUGUAGCUGGAAGACGCUUGGCUCUGAUUGGUCAAUAACUUCCCUUCAUCACAUUAAUAUUGUCUGUGCCUCACAUGGGUCUAUAAUACAUAACACAGUCAAGACAGCUUUAAGUAGUUAUAGCAUCCUAACAUAAUACAUGUAAAUUAACAGUACUGACCCUGCUGUAUGGCUGUACAUACCCAAUGAUAACAAACACCUUCCCAUACUGUAGUGGCAUGUUCUUCAGUGCACUACAUGCUGGGAAAGACACCCCCCCCAACGUACAGAAUGAAUGAAUGUUUUUCUGCUUUCAUAUCCUCCUUACCCACCUCUUAACAUUUUGUCCUAAUGGAGCUGCAGUGAUCGAUAAUCAGUUUGAUUUAUCCAUUAUUUCAGACAGUGAGAGUCAUUACUUUGCUGUAGUUUGUUCUGGUCUAAAGUCACAAGAUGUCAUAAAUAUCUUUAGAUAAAUAUCUGAAUUAUUAAAGAGGAACAGAACAUGAAAAAUAUAUUAAGAUCUCAUUAUACAUGAGAAAACUUCCCAUCAUCCUUUCAAUCGAACCAGCCGUCUUUAAAGACCUCUAACUGAAUCUCAGCAUGCAAGCUUGGAUGACCUUCGAAAGUGACAAAAUAAAUGAUGGGCAGAUGUGAGCUUAGCACUACAAGUGUUAUGGUUCCAAGUGUAAAUCAAAGUUGUAAUAAUCCCAGAAGCCACCAGUAGUAUUAUUUUUACCUUUGCCAUCACUGUUUCCUGUAAUGAUCCCAGAUUUCAGAACUUAUUUAUUACUGUAUUUUAAUUAAAUUAAAUAUUCACUAAAA